AUGUUAUUUGGUGUUAAGUUGACGACUAGUAUUUUUCCUCCAUGGAAGAGUUCUUAUAUUAAUUAUGAUUAUUUGAAAGAGUUGCUUAAGGAAGGUGAAACGAAAGAUAAAGGUUCGAAUGCUAGCUGGACAGAGAAGGAUGAGUCUAAGUUUGUGGAGGUUUUAGAUAAGGAAUUGGAGAAAGUGUAUUCUUUCCAAGCUGCGAAGUACAAUGCUCUGACUGAGAAAUUGAAUCGAUUGGAAGAGCAGACUAAGACUCAAGAGAUGAUUCAAAAUUUAGAUUUUGAUAGCUUCCAAAGGGUUUUAGAGGAUAGUUUAAGUGAAACUGGUGAAUUAGACAAAUUUGCAAGAAUCAAUUUUACUGGGUUUGUGAAAAUUGUCAAAAAACAUGAUAAAUUACAUCCAAAGUAUCCCUCAGUUAAGUCUUUAUUGGAAGUACGUUUGAAAGAGCUUCCAUUCCAUUCUGAGGAAUCAUCUCCUUUGUUAUACCAGAUUUCAUUUUUGUACAAUAUAGUUAGAAGCAACAGUAAUGGUGUUUCUAACUCUUUAAUCGGCUCUGCUAAGUUGUCGAGUCUUGCUAAUAGUGGUGCAAUGACAGAUAUGAGUUUUAAGAGUUACAAAUUUUGGAUUCAUAGGGAUAAUUUGAUGGAGGUCAAAACAAGGAUUUUAAGACAUCUUCCUGUUUUGGUAUAUGCCGCUGCACCAACUGAGAAUGACGAUUUGAUUGAUAGGUUUGAAUCAGAUAUACUAGAUGAUGACGGUGGUGUACCUUCCUCAAGUUCAAGCACUGAAGGAGUAGAAGGUGGUUUACGCUCAAGAUCAUAUGACCCAGUGAUCAAUACUUUGUACUUUGAUAAUGAACAUUUUGAAUUGUACAACAAUAAAUUAAUGAAAUCGAGCGGUGCACCAACUUUGAGACUGAGAUGGAUUGGAAAAUUAGUUGACAAGCCUGACUUGUUUUUGGAAAAAAGAACUAUCAUUGAGGAUGAAAAUGAUGGUAGCAUUGAUUUUGAAGAAACAAGAAUUAAGCUACAACAAAAAUAUGUUAAUGGAUUUAUUUUCAAUGGUGACCCCCAAUAUAAAGAGGUUACUUUAAAUAAGUUGAAAAACAGGGGUGCUAUGGAAUCAGAAAUUGAAACUCUUGAAAACAACAUUGAUACCAUCCAGAAGUUUGUUAUGCAAGAACAACUACAACCUGUAUUUAGAACUGUUUACACCAGAACAGCUUUCCAAAUCCCAGGUGAUGACCGUGUUAGAGUUACAAUUGAUUCUGACAUUCUGUAUAUUAGAGAAGAUAGUUUUGAUAAAAACAGGCCAAUCAGGGAUUCCAAUAGCUGGCAUCGUUCAGACAUUGAUGCAAACGUAUCAAAUCCAAUGAAGUUUUUAAGAACCGGUGAGUACUCCAAAUUCCCUUACUCUGUCAUGGAGAUUAAAGUUAAAAAUUUCUCUGCAACUUCCAUGUCUGCAUCCAUGCAAUCAAAGAAUUUACCUAACAAGCACAACAUAUGGAUUAGUGAUCUAAAGAAUUCUCAUUUGGUUAAAGAAACUCCUAAAUUUUCGAAGUAUGUUCAAGGUAUAGCUUCGUUGUUUGGUGAAGAUGAAAGAUUAGAUAUCUUGCCUUUCUGGCUACCUGAUUUAGAAACAGAUAUUAGAAAAGAUCCAACUGAAGCGUUUGAAGAAGAAAAGAAGAGAAAGGAAAAACAGAUGAAGAUUCUGUCGAAACUUGAUGAGAUGAGAAAAUCAUCCUCCAAGAUUUCUCCAUCCUCAAUAAAACAAGAAGAAGAGGAAUUAAGAAAGAUAAGGGACGCAGACUUGGAAGACCAUGAAUCAUCUGAAGAGGAGGAGGAAGAGCAAAGAAAAGGAAAAUUGAAGAAAAGAAAGCAAAAACAGAAACAGAAGGAUAGAGCUGAACCUGAACUGACCUUUUUACAGGUCUUGGCAGGUAGAGAUUCUAAACUACACAGUAUCGAUUCAGAAGAGGAAGAAAUUGAAUUGCCUCCAGGUGUUAAAAAACCAAUAGAGCUUCUAAAGAAUGCUGGUCCAAUAAAAGUAGAAGCUAAAGUUUGGUUAGCAAAUGAACGUACUUUUAAUAGAUGGUUGAAAGUGACUGUAUUAUUUAGUAUCUUAACAUUUUCAAUUUUCAAUUCUGUAAAACAAUCCGGCUAUCCAAAUCUAGCUAAUGCCCUAGCCUAUAUUUACUUUGGUUUAACCAUGUUCUCUGGUUUAUGGUCCUAUUCUGUUUACAUCAAGAGAUUGAACGUGAUUCGUGAGAGAAGUGGAGAACAUCUAGAUGCUCCAUUAGGUCCUAUUCUAGUCGCCUUUGUUCUAACGGUGACUUUGGUUGUCAAUUUCGUAGUUGCAUUCAGAGAAGAAGCUAAAAAACAACUACAACACUCAAUUGUGAUGAGAGUUGCAGAGAAUACCCUUUCUGACCGUUUGAAACCAAUUCAAAGCUACAUUUUCCAGCUUGUAGGUGCUGAAACUAAUUAA